AGGGCGCUGAGGAUCCCGGGCCGUUCGGCCACAGGCCGCCUCCAGAGCCGCGGGAUGUAGCCAGGGGGACCGCGGCCCCCAGCAGAGCCUGCCGGCCAGAACGGCGUGCCGGCCACCACAGGGAGAUCUCUGCCCCUUGGGGCUGAGAGACCCUCCGCCUUUCCUCAAGCUGAAGCGGCAAGGUAUUGAGGUAGCAGCCAGAUGUCUUCCCACAAAGGAGCGGUGGUGGCGCAGGGCAAUGGGGUGCCUGCCGGUCACUUGGAGACGGACACGGUGGAACUGGCCGAACUGGGCCCCCUGCUAGAAGAGAAGGGCAAACGAGCAGCCACCAACCCAAGCAAAACUGAAGAGGAGCAAACAUGCCCAGUGCCCCAGGAAGAGGAGGAGGAGGUACGGGUACUGACGCUUCCCCUGCAAGCCCACCACGCCAUGGAGAAGAUGGAGGAGUUUGUGUAUAAGGUCUGGGAGGGACGUUGGAGAGUCAUCCCGUAUGAUGUGCUCCCUGACUGGCUGAAGGACAAUGACUACCUUCUGCACGGCCAUCGCCCACCCAUGCCCUCCUUUCGAGCUUGCUUCAAGAGCAUCUUUCGUAUCCACACGGAAACUGGCAACAUCUGGACCCAUCUGCUCGGUUUUGUGCUGUUCCUCUUUUUGGGAAUCUUGACCAUGCUCAGACCCAAUAUGUACUUCAUGGCCCCUCUGCAGGAGAAGGUGGUCUUCGGGAUGUUCUUUCUGGGUGCAGUGCUCUGCCUCAGCUUCUCCUGGCUCUUCCACACUGUCUAUUGUCAUUCUGAGAAAGUGUCUCGGACGUUUUCCAAACUGGACUAUUCAGGGAUCGCUCUACUGAUUAUGGGGAGCUUCGUUCCCUGGCUCUAUUACUCCUUCUACUGCUCCCCACAGCCACGGCUCAUCUACCUCUCCAUUGUGUGUGUCCUGGGCAUUUCUGCCAUCAUUGUGGCGCAGUGGGAUCGGUUUGCCACUCCUAAGCACCGGCAGACAAGAGCAGGAGUGUUCCUGGGACUUGGCUUGAGUGGUGUGGUGCCCACCAUGCACUUCACUAUCGCCGAGGGCUUUGUCAAGGCCACCACCGUGGGCCAGAUGGGCUGGUUCUUCCUGAUGGCAGUGAUGUACAUCACCGGAGCUGGUCUUUAUGCUGCUCGAAUUCCCGAGCGCUUCUUUCCUGGAAAGUUUGACAUCUGGUUCCAGUCCCAUCAGAUUUUCCACGUCCUGGUGGUGGCGGCGGCCUUUGUGCACUUCUACGGGGUCUCCAACCUCCAAGAAUUCCGUUAUGGCCUAGAAGGUGGCUGUACUGAUGACUCCCUUCUCUAACUCUCCUCGCCAGAGGGGAGGAGGAGAAACUUCCCAAGUGCUUUGAAAAAUAACUUCUUGACUGAAGUGAGAGGAAGAGUCCGAGUUGUCUGUUUCUAGAAGAAACCUCUCAGCAAACUUCGGUCCACUGUCACACCCACUGCACGGUAAACGUCCCAUUUCCCUACCUGGGAAGGCAGGGGAUGGUCUAUCUUAGCCAAGGCACCUCGUCCCCUCACAGAGACAGGACUUUGAAGCUCAUGUUGAGAUUUUACCCCCUCUUCCAACCAUUUUGGAAAAAAGUGAUGAACUGGGACUCUUCAGAAAUUAUGUUUCUGGAAGAAAAUGUCCUUCCCUCACCCCCCAUCCGUACUUUGUAACCUGGCUUAUCACGGGCCAUCCGUUUUUGUAGCACACUUUUCAAAAACAAUUCUAACCUGGCCCCACCUUUCUAGGGCCUGCAUCCGCUUACACAGCAGGAGAGCAAAGCCACCAGCUCCUACAGAGCCCACCUCCUCAUGGAGGUGUGUGUGUCCAGGCUGCACUUAACUUGAGUUUUAAUUUUUUUUCCUUGGCAGAGUAAUGUAAAAUUAAAAUGGGGAAAGAUAUUUAAUAUUUAAUACUAAGCUUUAAAAAACCUGCUAUCAUUGCUAUGUAUCUUGAUGCAAAGACUAUGGUGAUAAUAAAAGAAAGUACAGAAGACACUUGACACUGAAAAGA